AUGAAGCUUCUAGACCCGUACCUUCCAAAAACAGAACCUGAUCAGUACGGAUUCAAAGAAGGCGGUUCAUUGUUCGCUCUUGGUCUUAUUCAUGCCAAUCACGGAACUGCUGACUGUGUUAAGUAUCUUCGAGAGCAGUUGUCAGCUGCACAGACAUCAGCAGUCCGUCACGGAGCGUGUCUCGGGCUUGGACUUGCUGCUAUGGGAACACAAAAUCAAGAUGUGAGGGGUAGCUACCGACCCAAACAACGACGUGAAGAGAUUCGCUGUGAUGGGAAUUGGGUUCCUGUUGAGCAA